CCUGCUGAGUGGACUAAAGAUGGGGGAGCAAGGUGGUUGGUUGGAGGAUYACAGAGGAGACUGGGCGGCCAUCUUGGAUUCUCAGACUGGUGCAGCCAAGGGCCCAGSGGACGACAUCACAGAGCAGGCCAGGACCAGAAGCGACAUAGCGGAGUCAGUAGACAUGGAGGAUGGGAAGCCUGAUCUGCUGCUGGUAAAAGCAAAGACAAUGGAAGARGGACCAGAGAGCAUUGAUCUGCAGAGUGGACAAAAAAUGGGGGAGCAAAGUGGUUGGCUGGAGGAUAACAGAGGAGACUGGGCGGCCAUCUUGGAUUCCCAGACGUGUGCAGCCAAUGGCCAAGCGGAGGUCAUUGGAUGGGACAGUGUCCUCAUCUCUGGGCUAGGGAACAACACUGUUAACCAUAAUCAGAAACAGACAGCCGAAAGKAGGGCGAGGUGUAGAUUUGGUCUGCAGGGUCGGGGAGGUGUCCGUAUGCGGCUGGAGAGAACAGACACAGACUCGGCUAGCGAUGCUCCGUCCUGCUCCUAUAGUUGUGAUUCAGAGAGACUGAUGGCACCUCAGGUUAACCACCUAACAGGUGCUGCCUUCAGCCUGCCUUCUAUAGGAUCUAUCAACUGGAACAUGGACCCUGCGACAACACAGACACUCCCUGGCCUUCGUCCUCCUCACACUCUGCUAAUGUUAAACCAGACCUCGGACAAUGCCAGUGCCUCAACACUAAAUGGCUACACAAGCCCGAUGACUAAUGACAGUAGUAGUAAUGCUAUCAGUAGAUACGGUGGCAAAGAGAAGCACUUCCCGUGUUCAUUCUGUGGGAAAGCCUUCAGUUUCUCCAAACAGGUGGAGAUCCACAAGAGGAUACACACAGGAGAGAAACCAUUCAGCUGCCACCUUUGCCAGGCCAGUUUUUCACACUCAUCCAGUCUGAAGAGGCACCAGAGGAUGCACACAGGGGAGAAACCAUUCAGCUGCCACCUGUGCCGGGCCAGUUUUUCCCACUCAUUCAACCUGAAGAGGCACCAAAAGGUCCACACAGGGGAGAAACCAUACAGCUGUACCCAGUGUGAGAAGAGGUUCUCCCGCCAGCAGCGGCUGAAGAUGCACCUGAAGYUCCACACAGGAGAGAGUGCGUUUGCCUGUACGCAGUGCGGGAAGAGGUUCUCAGAGAGGAGCUGCCUCAGGAUACACCAGCAGAAAAUGCACACGGCCCAUGUAUAGAGUAUAGUGACAUCAUAAUCUAACUGAGCAGCAGCGGUUAGGGAGAGCUCCUCGUAAAAUUUUAUUAUUUUUGUUAAAUGAUUUUGUAUUUAGUGAACAGUUMGGUUGUUUCAAUGCAGUGCUGUGUUCUCCACCUCUGGAGAUGUUAGUAAAUGUUUUUCCUUUGAGAAGAUUGUUUGAUUUUGAGAGAGAUUUUUGAGAGAAUGAUCAACCUGGCUCUAAAGACUAGCUAGUCUAAGUCAUUUUGAUCAUCUGGCAAGAGGCAACAAGGGCAGGAUUGAGGGCCUAGGGCAUCAYGACAAGAGAAGGAGGAUAAAACAAACAGAAAAAAGGAAUUGAUUUGGAGGAUUUCUAAAGGAAAGACGGUACAAGACAUUGGAAAGUCAACCAACAAACAAAAACACACAGGAGAGGUAGGAUUGUUCUGGACAAUGUAAUUGGUGUGUACAGUGUUAAUUACACUAAAUAGUGCAUUAUUUAAAACUGUUACAUGCAUCAGUGGAUGCUGGUGAGAGGAGCUAUAGGAGGACCGACUCAUUGUAAUGGCUGGAA